AUCAGCGUGUGCUCUUGAUGUGAUUCUGCACCGGUACUAGUUCGAGCCGGACAGGUGGGCUAACACGAGACGGACACUGGUGACGAGUUCUGCAGUCGCCAUGGCUGGAUUCCAUGGUGUGGUUACUACAUAUACAACUGUCGUCAUGUUUUUAGCUCUAGGAGCUGCGCUGAACAUUACAACUGAGAACCGUUUGAGGACCGUGUUGAUGACCGGCUACAACUCAGGUGUGAGACCCAAGAUCAACAGUACGGAGGCGAUAGCAGUCUAUCUGGACGUGGCUCUGCAUCAAGUCAUAGAAGUGGUAUCCAAAAGCCAGUUGCUCAUCACAAAUCUACGAGUCAAACAUUACUGGAAGGACGAGUUCCUUGUCUGGGACCCAGCAGAGUUCAGCGGCCUCAGUAAGAUCAGGAUCCCCAGUGAACAGAUAUGGCGGCCUGACAUAUACCUCUUCAACAGGUGAUUAAUAGAAUAAGACACGGUAUCAAUAGCAAACAUGUGGUAUAUGUUUCUCCGC